GCGGCAUCUCGGCGGCGAUCCGUCGGCGGCUGCCUGUUGUGGCAGGACUGGGUCCCGGGUUCGAACCGGAGUCCCCGGGAAAGGGUGAGUGUGGAGGAGGCCACGGAAAGGGUGCCCCCCGCCCCGCGGAGGUCAUCUGGAAGGAUGCGGCCGGCGGCCGGCGCGGGACUGGCCGCGCUCUGCAGGAGGUGGAUGGAAGCACCCGCUGCCUCCGGACUGGUCGAUGCCCGCCUAUAUCAAGGUCUGUGCUGAACAUAUGAACAUGCAGAAUUGUGUUGAAACGGCACGACCAUCUUCUGAUGGCAACGGUUUCAGCAUCUCCGUUCUCCAGAUGGGGAAACUGAGGCCCGGGAGUAGCUAAGUGACUUACUUGAGUUGACACAGGGAGCGCCCAGAUUCACCCCCCAGCCAAGCCAGCUGUCAGGAGCAUGCCUCUGUGCCAUGGGGGGGCCACCGCCAGGGGCAGCAAGCCCGAUGGGGACGAAGCUCCGCUCACAGCCAUCACAGGAGGCCUGAAGGUGUUCCUGCACUGGGCGGGCCCUGCCAGCAAGGAGCCCUGGGUCACUUUCAGCGAGGCCACACUGACCGCGGAGGAGGUCUGCAUUCACAUCGCACACAAAGUCGGCAUCACUCCACCCUGUUUCAAUCUCUUUGCCCUCUUUGAUGCCCAGGCCCAGGUCUGGCUGCCCCCAAACCACAUUCUUGAGGUCUCCAGAGACACAAACUUGACGCUGCACUUCCGCAUGAGGUUUUAUUUCCGGAACUGGCAUGGCACAAACCCUCAGGAGCCAGCUGUGUGUCGCUGCAGGCCCCCGGGGGCCAAGGCUUCGUCAGAACAGGCAGAGCAGGGGAUACAACUCCUGGACCCAGCCUCCUUUGAGUACCUCUUUGAGCAGGGCAAGCAUGAGUUUGUGAAUGAUGUGGCAUCGCUGUGGGAGCUGUCGAGUGAGGAGGAGAUCCACCACUUUAAGAACGAGAGCCUGGGCAUGGCCUUUCUGCACCUCUGUCACCUUGCUCUCUGCCGCGGUGUUCCCCUGGAGAAGGUGGCCAAGAAGAUCAGCUUCAAGGACUGUAUCCCGCGCUCCUUCCGGCAACAGAUCCGGCAGUACAAUGCGUUCACACGGCUACGCCUGCGGAUCAUCUUCCGCAGGUUCCUGCACGCCUUCCAGCCGGGCAGCCUUUCCCAGCACGUCGUCAUGGUCAAGUACCUGGCCACACUCGAGCGGCUGGCACCCCGCUUCGGCACGGAGCGUGUGCCUGUGUGCCACCUAGAGCUGCUGGCCCAGGCCGAGGGGGAGCCCUGCUGUGUCCAGGACAGUGCGCAGGCCCCUGGAGAUCCCAAGCUCAAGUCUGCGGUCGAACCGCCCACCCACGAGGUGCUGGUGACUGGCACUGGCGGCAUCCAGUGGCGGCCAAUACAGACAGAGGUGCGGGGUUUCCAGAGUCCCCAUGGUGGUGACGGUGGCAGCAGCAGGAAUUCUCAUGCUGACUUAUCUGGGAAGAAAGCCAAGGCCCAGCAGCUGGGCGGCCCACCUGUGGACAGGCCGCGGGAGGCGCCAUGGGCCUACUUCUGUGACUUCCAGGACAUCACCCACGUGGUGCUGAGAGAAUGCCAUGUCAGCAUCCACUGUCAGGACAAGCGCCUGGAGCUGACCCUGCCUUCCCCGGCCAUCGCCCUGUCCUUGGUGUCGCUGGUGGAUGGCUAUUUCCGCCUGACGGCUGACUCGAACCACUACCUGUGCCACGAGGUGGCUCCUCCACGGCUGGUGAUGAGCAUCCAGGACGGUGUCCACGGACCCCUGCUGGAUCCCUUUGUGCUGGCCAAGAUGCAGCGGGAGGAGGGCCUCUAUCUUAUCCACUGGAGCACCAGCCACUUCAACCGCCUCAUCCUCACGGUGGCCCAGCGGGACCAGGCACCUGGCACGCCGUGUCUGCGCCUGUGGAAGUUCCCCAUUGAGCUGUGUGAGGGCACCGUCAGGCUGCAGAGCUGGGACCGGUCCUUCCCCAGCGUGCGGGAGCUGCGGGCUGCCCUGCAGGGCUGCUCACUGCGGGCCGGUGACCACUGCUUCUCCCUGCGCCACUGCUGCCUGCCGCAGCCAGGAGAGAUCUCCAACCUCAUCAUCAUGCGGGGGCCUCAAGCCAGCACCAGGUCUCUCAACCUCAGCCAGCUCAGCUUCCACCGGGUCUGCCAUGAUGACCUCACCCAGCUGUCCCACUUGGGCCAGGGCACGAGGACCAAUGUGUAUGAGGGCCUCUUGAGAGUUGGGGGCGGAGGCCCUGAGGAGGACCAAGCAUAUGAUGGGGACCCCACCUUGCCCGCCGGGGGCCAUGGGCAGGAGCUGCGAGUAGUGCUGAAGGUGUUAGACACGAGUCACUAUGACAUCACCCUGGCUUUCUACGAGACGGCCAGCCUCAUGAGCCAGGUGUCCCACGUGCACCUGACCUUCGUCCACGGUGUCUGCGUGCAUGGCUCUAAAAAUAUCAUGGUGACAGAGUUCGUGGAGCAUGGACCCCUGGACGUGUGGCUGCGGCGGGAGAGGGGCCGUGUGCCUGUGGCCUGGAAGGUGGCAGUGGCCCAGCAGCUGGCCAGUGCCCUCAGCUACCUGGAGGACAAGCGCCUGGCUCAUGGUAACGUGUGUGGCCGGAACAUCCUGCUGGCACGUCUAGGGCUGGCGGAGGGCACCAGCCCCUUCAUCAAACUGAGCGACCCUGGCAUGGGCCUGGGUGCCCUCUCCAGGGAGGAGCGGGUAGAGCGGAUCCCCUGGAUCGCCCCCGAGUGCCUGUUCGGUGGGGCUAACAGCCUAAGCACCGCCGCUGACAAGUGGGGCUUUGGUGCCACCCUCCUGGAGAUCUGCUUCGAUGGGGAGGCCCCCCUGCAGGACCGCAGCCCCUCCGAGAAAGAGUACUUCUACCAGAAGCAGCACCCCCUGCCUGAACCCUCAUGCCCGGAGCUAGCCACACUCACCAGCCAGUGCCUGACCUAUGAGCCGGCUCAGCGGCCUUCCUUCCGCACCAUCCUUCGUGACCUCACUCACCUUCAGCCCCAAAAUCUUGUUGAAAUCUUGUAUGUGAAUCCAACCUCGCCAGCAUCAGACCCCACUGUUUUCCACAAGCGCUACUUGAAAAAGAUCCGGGAUCUGGGUGAGGGUCACUUCGGCAAGGUCAGCCUGUACUGCUAUGACCCGACCAACGAAGGCACUGGCGAGAUGGUGGCCGUGAAGGCUCUCAAGGCGGACUGCGGCCCUCAGCUCCGCACUGGCUGGAGGCGGGAGAUCGACAUCCUGCGCACGCUCUACCACGAGCACAUCGUCAAGUACAAGGGCUGCUGUGAGGACCAAGGCGAGAAAUCGGUCCAGCUGGUCAUGGAGUACGUGCCUCUGGGCAGCCUCCGAGACUACCUGCCCCGGCACCACGUAGGGCUGGCCCAGCUGCUGCUGUUUGCCCAGCAGAUCUGCGAGGGCAUGGCCUACCUGCACACCCAGCACUACGUCCACCGAGACCUGGCUGCCCGCAACGUGCUGCUGGACAACGACAGGCUGGUCAAGAUCGGGGACUUUGGCCUGGCCAAGGCCGUGCCCGAAGGCUACGAGUACUACCGUGUGCGCGAGGAUGGCGACAGCCCCGUGUUCUGGUAUGCUCCUGAGUGCCUGAAGGAGUGUAAGUUCUACUAUGCAUCUGAUGUCUGGUCCUUUGGAGUCACCAUGUAUGAGCUGCUGACCUACUGUGACUCCAGCCAAAGCCCCCCCUCGAAAUUCAUCGAGCUCAUAGGCCUCACCCAGGGGCAGAUGACAGUACUGAGGCUCACUGAGCUGCUGGAACGAGGGGAGAGGCUGCCACGGCCAGAGAAAUGUCCCCAUGAGAUCUAUGUCCUCAUGAAGAACUGCUGGGAGGCAGAGGCCUCAUUUCGCCCGACCUUCCAGAACCUCAUACCCAUCCUGAAAACGGCCCACGAGAAAUACCGGGGCCAGGCCCCCUCCGUGUUCAGUGUCGGCUAAAACCUGCCAGGAGCUCUGCUUCCGGGAGUCGGAGCAGGUAGUACUCACGGAGAGGGCCUCCCUCCCGCUUCUGUCCAGGGAGAAUUUGGCUUCACACACUGCCGGUGCGUUACCCCGGAGACCCCAGGUCUGUGACCUGACUCUCCUGUCUUCAUCCAUCCACGCUGUUAUAACAAUGCUAUAGGCCGGGUGCCUGUAAACACCAGAAAUUUAUUUCUCACAGUUCUGGGCUCUGGGAAGUCAGCGAUCAAGAUGCCAGCAUUGGGGGAGUGGGGUAAAAAAAAAAAAAAAAAAAAAGAUGCCAGCAGUGCUACACACGGGCGAAGGCCCUCCUCCUGGUUCCUAGCCUGCGCCUUCUCACUGCGCCCUCUCCAGGUGGGAGGGGGCGAGGGAUCUUUCUGGAGCCUGUUGUAUAUGGGCACUAAUCCCGUUCCUGAGGGACCCACCCACCUCCCGAAGACCCGCCUCCUAAUACCAUCACAUCGGGCACUUGGGUUUCAACGUCUGAAUCUUGAAGGGACUUAAACAUUCAAGCCAUAGCAUCCUCCACAGUCAUAGCCUUACACAGGCUCCGGAGAGACCCAGGACCAGCAAGGAGCUAACCCGUCCCUUGCAUCCAAUCCUCCUGCCUUCCCCCCAGCCCCGCCCUGGGAGCCCCCCAUCUCCACUAGCGAGUAAUAAACUCCUGUCUCCUCUGCCGGCGGCUCUGGUCUCUGGGUCCUUCUUCAGCAAGUGCCUGCUCUUCUGGGGACUGGAGCUGCAGCAAGACACUACGGAAGAAGCCACAUGCAACUAUUCAACCUUUGCUCACUCACCUCUAAAUCCCCAGUGCCAGGAACACAGAAGGCGCUCAGUGACUACUGGUUACAUAUCCCAACAAAGGAUUUGGGGGCCACAUGCCAUGUUGGUAAGACUGCCAGUUUCACCCUUUCCUCCCUGUGCGACCUCAGGCGAGCGACUUUCCUUAUCUGGGCCUCAGUUCUCAACGGUGAACUGGGGAUGGUCAUGCUUGCUGUCUCGGAGGACGAAUGUAAAGAGAUUGUGUAUGUCAAGUGCUUAGCUGAGAGAGCUGCAAACAACUACUUAAUAAACAUUUGACCUUGUUAACCUGGUGUUUGCCAAAGUGUUUCUCCUUCAGAGGAAUACUGGAGGCGGGUUCUGUGUCAGCCACACUGGGAAAAGCAUUUGAAUAAUUUGCUUUCCAUUAGGACUUCUCAACACCUUAUGCCCUCAAGCUCUCCUGAGUGGACAAUUACACAUGAUUCUAGUGGCAUUUGCUUUUUAUAACAGUUUUCAAAGUUAAAUAUUCAUUGUAAUUAUUUUCCCCCCCAAUAAGUGAUACUGACAUAAGCAGUGACAUGUCUCCCUCCUGCCCAUCAGCCACCACUAUCACCUCUCUGGUGGCAACUGGUGCCAUCUGGUUUCCUGUUUUUGCUUCCAGAGAUGUUUCAUCCAGAUGCAAGGAAAUCCAUACACAUAUUAUACUUCUCUAUCUUUUGCAAAAAUGGUAGCAUGUGCAAGGAUACACAACUCUAGUCUGUAUUCUUGCUUCUUUUUCCCCCUUUGUAAUAGGUCUCGGGGUGGUCCCAUAUAUCCAGGCCUACAGUAUUUCCUUGCACUAUUUGUGGUUGUAUUAUGGUUCUUGCUGGAGUUCAUGCAGUUAUCGCUAAGCCUUUGCUCUCCAUGUAGUUAUGUCGAAUCCUUUGCUGUGUCCAUGACACGGCUGCAGUGAGCAGCCACGGGUGCAUAGUGCUCCACCCACAUUCAAGGGUAUCCGUAGGGCAAAUUCCCAACAGGAAUAGCUGCUUGCAGGAUCUAGCCUGGUAAUUGGGAAAGAUGUUGCCACUAGAAUAUGUUUUGAUAUUGGAUAGGAUCGAUCUCCUUUUUUUUCUUCUUCAGAAUUAUCUUGGCCUAUUUUUGUGCAGCUGCUUUUUUU